UCCUGGAGCCUGAGCCAGUCAAACCAGGACCAAGGAGCUAAGGGCCACCCCUUGAAACCCCGCCCCUCCUGCCCCAGAGGUGUCUCUCCAGGGACCCUGAGUUGCCUUUGUCCGGGUUUCUCUGAGUUAGUUGCCCCUUAACCUUCUCUCCCCUCUCAGUCAUUAGAUCCUGACUGCGAGUUGCCAAGGGCAGCGUUUCCCAGGCAUCCCCCAUCAGUGCCAGGGGGAAUCCAUUUGGAGUCGUGUGUUUGUGGGAUGGCAUGGGUCAGGGUCCAGUGGGUUUCCAAGGACCAUUUAUCGGCCAUGGUGGGGCUCUUUUCAGGGGCACUUGUCCUGAAAUCAUUCUCUGGGCUAUCCGCUUGGCGGCUGCGGCUGUAAAGUGGACCUCAUAACCUCGACCGAGUUUCUUGUGUAACUUUGCAGUAACCCCCGGCGCCCAGGAGCAUUGGCUGCAGCACCUGCACAGAUAACAAAAUCAAUAGAUGCGAGCGCACGUGGCACACAGCAAUUUGUAUUUGCAUAGCGUCUGCUCACCCUCUUGUACACUUGAACUCCUCUCUGGGUUGUUUACAAUAGCCAACCCAACAGACACACUUGUUGGACUACAUUUCUUAGGGAAUAAUGGCACGGACAAGGACUCCGCGUGUAGUACAAAUGAAAUGAUUUAAAAAAUACUUUUGAUCCAUAUCUGGUCAAACCCAUAGAUGUGGAGCCACACUACAGAGGGCUGGCUAUGUAGGCAGUGGACAGAGGUGGCCAUGGCACCUGCAUCCUGAGUGGUUUUUGUGCAGCACCUUGACCUUGCCAAGCCUCUGCAUGGCUGCACUAAGUUGGGGUGAAACCUGACAUGAGAUCAGCUGCUAGCAGCGUGGCUGUGGGAUUCCAUAAGAUAACUCGUGGGCUCUCUGCUUGGCGGGAGUCCCCCGAGCUUCCUUUCCCGCAUUCAGCUCUCGGAAUCACCAUCUGUUAACACCAUGCAAGGGAUGUCAGUGAAGACCAUCCCCCCAGUGACCAGGAUUCCAGCAUCUGCAGCAUCGUCCUGGGUCACAGGGGACCGGAACCUUCCCAGAAUCCACUUGGAGUGAGCUCUGGAUUAAAACCAGCUGGAGCUCAGUUCCUGGAAUUCUAUCUGUGUGUGCCAGGGCAUGGGGAAGGAGCUGGAAGGGUGGGGAUUGUGUGUGGCAGGGCAGGACUGAGUCACCAGCGGGCCAGCCGAGUGAGUCACCACCGGGGAGCCGCCCUACAGGGACUAUGGGUCGGUUGUGGUAGGCGGCUCCUGCCAGGAGACCCCGUGCUCGCAGGGCCUGCCUGGGAGCUGGGCUUUAUGGAAGUCACAAUCCAGACCCCGACCAGGGUCCAGAACAAAGUAUCUGUGGGCAGCGGGCUGGGCACAGAGCCAUAGUUGGCGGGCCCCGUAAGACUGAAGCUGCUGGUAAUCAAGGACACAGCUGCUUGUCCUCAGCAUUAGCGUCCUGACACCAGGGUCACCUUUCUGGACCUUGGACACCCCCUGAAGAUGACCCGCAAAGGACUGGCUCCCCAAACUCUGGCUCCAUGUGGUAGUGCUCCUUGGGGUUUUGGGGGCACAGGCAGGGUCUUGCAAGCUGUGGGGCAAAUAGGGUUUAAUAACAAAAGUCUCACUCUUGGACCGUUCCCUUUACAAGGGCGUAGCCAUCUCCUUUGUCUCCCUUACUCAAUAUUGACUUGAAAUUCAAGAGCCUGGCUUUGAACCUGGGCCGUCCAGGGUGCAAGUCCUGCCUCUGCUGUUUGGUAACCCUGUGACUUCGGCAGUCUUCUCAGUAUCAAUGGGGCCUCAAUUUUCUCACCUACAAAGUGGGGAGAACAGUAUCUCAUGGAGUCUGUGUAGGAUAAAUAAUUUCCUAGCUAUAAACGUUUUGCCACAGAGCCAGGCAAAUGCAGAAUGUCAGGUAAUUAUGGGCUGUUACUUUUUAUUUCAGUGCAGGGAAUUGAACCCAGACCUCACGAGGCAAGUGCCUACUGCUGUGUUACGUCCCCUUUUUACAUUUUAUUAUGGAACACGGUCUCACUAAGUUGCCCAGGCUGGCCUUGAACAUAACAUCCUGCCUCAGCCUCUGACUAAUUGGGAUUACAGCCAUGCCCCUCUACCUGAUCUGGCUGUUACUAUUGUCAGUGCUGGAUCCACUGUUUUUUGGCAGAUAAUUCCCUUCUCUGAGCCUCAGUUUCCCUCUUUGUAAAAUGGGACAAAUAACACCAGCUGUGUGACAGUCACUCUGGGAACCUGACUGCCCCUUUCCUUGCCUAGGACCAUGCCACCCUGGUAGGGACUGGCUCUGAGAGUGCCCUGUCCUUCUGGGAAGGCCGGUUCCCUGGAGGCCCAACCCCCACUUGGCUGUUUGCUCUCCAGCCUGAACUGGGGUGAAGCGAGCUGUGUCCUGUGCCACCAUCACAGGAGCAGCUCGAGCACCUGGCCCAGUGCCUCACCUCCGAUCCUACCUGUCCCUUGUUCCUGCUUGCCCAUGGUCACAAUCCCUCUGGGCUGCACCAGCCAGACUCCUGAAACUGGCUCCUGGGUGGGGCACAGGCAGAUGCCCAGGCUGUCCUUGGGGCUCCAGUUCCCACGCCCAGGACUGGUGUGGUCACCUCCCCCUUGUUUACCCUGGUCUUGUGGUUGAUGUCUGGGAUUCCUUUCUCAGCUCCAUCCCCUCCCUUUACAUACUUCUGGCUCAUCUCUGGAUAGAGAGUGGGUUUGCUGGCCUCUUGGGACACUGACAGGUGCAGGGUGCCAUUCCUAGGCCACCUGGAGGUCCUGUGUCUGGCUUCCAAACCCAGCAGAGUGAGGUUCAGACCUUGGUGCUGCAGUACACAGCCUGACCCUGGGGUAGCCUUUGUGAUCUCGGGGUUCUUGCUGGGUGCGGCGGUGGCAGCUCCUGUCCACUGGACACCUGCCACUGUGAUGUUGUUUUCCCCAUCUGUCCCGUCAGCCCCCAGCAUCCCAAGGGGAAGAUGCCACUGCUGCCCUCAUGGUGGGAAGAAGGUUCUGCCAGGAGCACCUGUCGGGGGGCCAAGGAGCUAACCCGAGAGGUGCCCUUCUUUUCCCCACUGGGUCUUCAUGUCAUCUCCCAGCUCCCACACACUUCGCUAAGACAUCUAGGCUUUCUGGCUUCCCCCCCGGGUUCUCCCACACCACUCACCAUGGCAGGCAGGCCCGGUGCUCAGACUCCAGGAGCUGCCCCCUCUGUGUCCGCUGGCCUUGCCCACCUCCUCGGAUUCCUCAGGUGCUCCGGCCAGUGUUUGUUUUCUUUUGCUCUAGUUUGGUUUUGGUUGUCGUUGUUGUCGUCUUGGUACUGGAGACUGAGCCUGGGCCCACGCACUGAGCCACCUCCUCGGCCCUUUGCUGUCAUUUCCUUCCAGACGCGAUCACACUAGCUCACUAGCUCCUCCAGGUGGGACGGCUAUUUAUGAUCUUCUUGCCUCAGCCUUGCAAGUGUGCUGGGGUGACCGGCAGCUGCCCCCACAGCAGGCUCCCAGACGGUGGCUUUUGAGGCAGAUUCCAUGCUCUGAGCCUGAGCGCUGUUCCUAGGCAGCUCCGUCCUCCGCUCCAGCCCGUUGUCUGCCACCAAGGAAAACACAACUGCUUUCUUCCCUGCCUGUCCCUCCGCAAACCAGGCGGCCACUCCUCACGGCUCAGGGGACCGAGAGGGACACAGCAGCCCAGCUCUCACCUGCAGCCCUCCCCAGGGAGGCCCCUCAAGGAUCUGGAAAGGAAAGCAUCUGUGUUCACUGCACACUGUGGGGUUUUUUUCUCUGAUGUUUGUAAGUGCUUAGAAAAUACACAGACCCUUUUUGGGGAGUUAUUUUAUUCUUUAUUAGGUAAGCAAAAUGAACUCCAGGUGAAUGAUCAUGCUAAUGAUAAAAUUCAUACUAGAAACAAGCUGGGUUUUAGUGGGAUACACCUGUGACUGCAGCGACAUGGGAGGCUGAGGGAGGAGGGUCAUAAGUUCAAGAUCAUUCUGGGCAACUCUGGAAGACUCGAGAUUUACAAAGAGGAAGAAAGGCAGGGGUUAGGGAUGCAGGUGAGCGACAGAGGGCUCUUCCAGCACGUGUGAGACGCUGAGUGCACUUGGGGAAAAAAUUACAAAAUUACAAAUAUAUUCUGGCAUGAAUGUGAAUGUCCUAUGUGACGUUACUAUUUGAUUCAUGUUGUAAUUUUUUUUUCUUUUUGCACUGCUGGGGGUUUAGACCCCAGCGUCUCACACGUGCAGGGCAAGGGCUCUGCUGCUGAGCUGCAGUGCCAGCCCGGUGCCGCAGAACUCAAUGAAGUGGAUUAAAGGACACUGUAAAACAAUAUUUGACCUCUAUUCAAGAACUGAAAUCUACGUGAAUGUCUUAAUCUCUUAGAAAACCACUUAAAGGAUAUCUAAAGUUAUUCUCACAAAUGAAAAAAGAGAACAAGAGGAAGAAGAUGAAGAAGAAGAAGGAGGAGGAGAAGGAGAAGAAGAAGAUGAAGAAGAAGAAGAAGAAGAAGAAGAAGAAGAAGAAGAAGAAGAAGAAGAAGAAGAAGAGGAAGAGGAAGAGGAAGAGGAAGAGGAAGAAGAAGAAAAGAAGCCAAAACCAGAGGAAAGUGGCUGGGGUGUGCUGUAAUCCCAGGUACUUGGGAAGCUGAGGCAGGACAACAAGCUCCUGGCCAGCCUGGGCAAUUUUCCUGAUCUUAUCUCCCAAAAGAAAAACAAGCAAGCUGGGCCUGAUGACGCACACUUGUAAUCUCAGCACUCGGGAGGCUGAGGCAGGAGGGUUGCGGUGAGUUCAAGGCCAACUGGAGCUACAUAGUGAGUUCAAGGCCAGCCUGAAUUACAUAGAGAGACUCUGUCUCAAAAAAGAAAGGAAUUAAGGAAGGAAGGAAUUCAGAAAGAUAGACAGAAAAAGAAAAUGAAAAAAAGAAAGAAAACAACUUGGGGGCAAACCAGAGGAAAAACAUUUUCAUAUGAUUUUAAAAAAUAAAAUAUAUGUCACCAAUUUAAAAUAAUUUUGACUCAUCAAAAGCAUUUUUUAAGCCACACACGCUUGUAAUUCCAGUACUCAGGAGGCCGAGACAAAAGGAUUACCAUGAGUUUGAGGCCAGCCUGGGCUCCAUAGUGCAACCCUACCUCAAAAGAGAUUCUUUAUUUAACUUUAUGGUCUUUGUAAUUCAGCGCACUGUCUCAUCCUGUGUAUACGAAGCGAGCUCAUCAGCUCAGGGUCGCUAACAUUUUCUUCCUUGUCUUUUCUGUGUUUGAAGCUUUGGAGCUCCUUCCGGUGCUUUGCUAAACCGAUGUUAGGUUAGCAUGAAGAUCAUUCGAUGGUGCCAUGACCCAGCAGCCCCAAGAGGGCUUCGACAGGAGCGUGGAGGAGGCCCGAGCAUGGAUGCAGGCAGUGCAGGAGCGGCUGCAGGUCAAUGACAACACCCAGGGGCCCCUGGAGGCCCUGGAGGCCAGGCUGCAGGAGACUGAGAAGAUCUGCCGGCUGGAACCCGAGGGGCAGUUGAAGGUGGACCUGGUGUUGCAAGCAGCCGAAGCUCUCCUGGCGUGCUGCCCUGAGGACCAGCGGCCCGAGAUCCUGGCCCGGCUGAGAGACCUGAAGGACCAGUGGGAGGAGACUGUCACCUACAUGACUCACUGUCACAGCCGCAUCGAGUGGGUCUGGCUGCACUGGAAGGAGUACUUGCUGGCCCGGGGCGAGUUCUACCGCUGGUUCCAGAAGAUGGUGGUCACACUGGAGCCGCCGGCCGAGCUGCAGCUGGGCCUGAAGGAGAAGCAGUGGCAGCUGAGCAAUGCCCAGGUGCUGCUGCACAAUGUGAAGAACCAGGCUGAGCUCUUAGGCAGGCUGCUGGAGGAGGCGGCCUCCCUGUUCAACAGGAUCGGGGACCCCAGUGUGGAUGAGGAUGCGCAGAGGAGUAUGAAGGCUGAGUACGACACAGUGAAGGCCAAAGCCCAGGACCGGGUGGACCUGCUGACAAGGGUGGCCCAGGAGCACGAGGAGUACCAGGCGGCCGUGGACGAGUUCCAGCUGUGGCUCAGGGCGGCAGUGGAGAAGGCACAGGCCUGUACAGGCAGUGGUUGCCAGCUGCCCACUGAGCUCCGCCUUUCCACGCUGCAGGACCUUGCCAAGGAUUUCUCCCAGGGGGAGGAGGCACUGAGGCGGCUGGAGGCGUGGUCCGCGGGCAUCAUACAGCACACCUCUCCCUUGGGCGCUGAGAAGAUCGCCAGGGAGCUGGAGGAGAUGCGGAGGGUCCUGGAGAAGCAGCGGAUCCUCUGGGGGGAGGAGGAGGCACAGCUCCAGGACCUGCUGUCGUCCAAGGAUGCCCGUGAGCGGCAGCUCCGGCGGCUGGAGGCCGAGCUCGGAGAGUUCCAGAAGGGCCUCCAGAGGCUGGCCCAGGGUGGACUGGAGCCCUCAGUGAAGGGGAAAACCGCAGGGACUGAAGAUGAGCUGGUGGCCCGCUGGAGGCUCUACUCGGCGUCGCGGGCGGCACUGGCCUCGGAGGAGCCUCGGGUGGCCCGGCUGCAGGCCCAGCUGAAGGAGCUUGUGGCCUUCCCUGACCUGCAGCCCCUCUGUGACAGUGUGGUGGUCGCCAUCCAGGAAUACAAGAGCAUGAAGGGGAAGAGCACCAGGCUGUGCAACAGCACCAGGGUGGAGCUGUGGCAGCGUUUCCAGAGACCCCUCCGUGACCUGCAGCUGUGGCGGGCCCUGGCCCAGCGGCUCCUGGACGUCACUGUCAGCCUGCCGGACCUGCCCUCCGUCCACACCUUCCUGCCCCAGAUCGAGGCGGCCCUGGCAGAAAGCGCGCGCCUGAAGGAGCAGCUGGCAGCACUGCCACUGAAGUCGGAUCUGCUGAGCGGCAUCUUCGGCCAGGAGAGAGCCUCGGGCCUCCUGGCGCAGGUGGCCGGCUGCAUGCAGGACCGGGAGCCGCUGCACAGCAGCCUCCUGCAGAGGAAGGGCAAGCUGCAGGGUUUACUUGCUCAGCACAAAGACUUCGGAGCUGCCUUCGCGCCCCUGCAGAGGAAGCUGCUGGACCUCCAGGCCAGGCUCCAAGCUGAGAAAGGGCUUCAGCGGGACCUUCCAGCAAAGCAGACCCAGCUCCUGCGGCUGCAGGGCCUGCAGGAAGAGGGGCUGGAGCUGGAGGUGCAUGUAGAGGCCAUGAAGUGUCUUGUCCAGGAGGACUCCAGCCACCAGCACAAACUGGACCAGCUUUGCUCUGACUACGGGGCCCUGCGCAGGUCCCUGGAGGACCUUGUGGACAGGAGUCAGCAGAGCGUGCGGGAGCACUGCACCUUCAGCCACCAGCUAAUGGAUCUGCAGCAGUGGGUCGCUGUGGCCACACAGACACUGGAAUCACACCGAGGGGACUUGGGCCUGUGGAACGCUGAGUCUCGGGAAGCUGGGGUUGAGAAGCUGGUGGCUGAGUUCCCGGAGAAGGAGGCCAGCCUGGCGCUGGUGGAGGCGCACGGCCGGUUAGUGAUGGAGAAGUCUUCUCCAGAGGGCGCGGCCGAAGUCCAGGAGGAGCUGAGGGAGCUGGCAGAGUCCUGGCGGGCCCUGCGGCUGCUGGAGGAGGAGAUGCUGAGCCUCAUCCGAAACCGGCAGCUGCAGAGCUCAGAGGUGGACUCCGGAAAGAAGCUGGUUUUCACCAACAAUAUCCCAAAGUCGGGCUUUCUCAUCAAGCCCCUGGAUCCUGUCCCCGGGCGUCGGUGUAGUGGUCCUUCUGCACAGGCAGAUCUGCUGGAGGAAGGAGAAGGCGGCUUUGAAGAUGGCUCCCAGCUCCUGAGGAACUUUGAGCAGUGGCUGCGGGUGGAAAAUUCCAAGCUGGUCAGAAUCAUUGCCAUGAGAGUCACCUCGGCCAAGGACGUGAGGACCAGAGAGGCAAAGCUGCAGGAGCUACAGGCUCAAGUCCCAGAAGGCCAGCGUCUCUUUGAGGAUGUCCUUCAUCUCGGGCCCUCGGGAGCUGCCUCUGAGGAGCUAGAAGACCUGCGCUACCGCUGGAUGCUGUACAAGUCCAAGCUCAAGGAUGCUGGCCACCUGCUGCUGCAGAGUUCUGCAGAGGAGUCAAGCGCAUUCCAGACGGCCCGGCGGUGGCGAGGCCCGUGCUCCCUGCUCCGGAAGGCGUGCUGCCUGGCGCUCUGGUUGCAGCUGCUGCUUCUGCUCUUUCUGCUGCUGCUCUUCCUGCUGCCGGCCGGGGAGGAGGCCCGCGGCUGCAUCCGGGCCAACAACUUCGCCAGCUCCUUCAUGCUCAUGCUCCGCUACGACGGCCCCCCACCCACCUAGGCCGCUGCAGGCCCGUGGGUGACCUGCUCUUCCCACCUCCAGCAGUCCCAGGGCUUCUCCGCAGGUCUCCAGCUGGAGGAACUGGAGACGGCGGAACAGAGGCUACAGAGCUGCCUCGGCGUAGAGACUGCGGCCGGCGGAACCUGGGACAACCUUCCUUUUUAUACAGCGUUGUCUUCGUCUAUUUAUAUACCGUGCGCAGCUCCGGAGACAUGCACAAAAUUUUAUAUGCUCACUGUGUAAAGGCUCAGGACGUACCAUUUUACAUAUGAUCUGUUUGUAGCUGGGGACGUCCCAAGCAGCUUCCCCUGUGGGAUUUUGUGGCCUUCAUGCCUUGGCCUGCGGGCCACCCUGGAAAGCAGGAAUUCGUGUCACUUUGGUGGCAGCUGCUUCCGAGGAAGCCGACCCCUAACCCAGCUGUUAGUGAGGAGCCCAGCAGGCCCUGGCCCAGAGCCCGAAGCCUCUCACCGUGCAUAGUGGGAUGUUUCUAAGCCAUGAAGAUUUGGUGUAUGGAUUAGAAGUACAGAUGGGUACAAUCAAAGGCAGGCAGGGUGACAGCAGGGAGACAGAGGGACACCAGGACAGGAGUCGGUGUUGUCUAAGGGUGCAGAUCAGUGCAGGCAUCCCCACUCUGACACAGACCCUUCCAGAAGUGGUUGGAGGGCUGUCCAGGGAUUCUGUCUGGAGCGGAAGCAGAAGGAGGUGGGUUUGGUGCCUCAUUUCCAUGCAGAAGGGGAGCCCCUGAGGAUCCAGGGAGCCUGGUCACCUCUGUGAACUGCACUAAGGCUAGAGCAGACAGCAAGCUCCUGCCGCACAGGGGCCAGGGACUGAGGGCCCGAGGGCCUGAGAUGGAGCUGCCUCAUCUUUCUGUUCCUAGAAGGGAAUCAUGCUGGCCCAUUGGGCCAAGAAUACCCCAUGCACCUAAGGCCCAGGCCAUCCCGGCUGGCCACAGCCAGGUCUGGGCAAGGUGGGAAGGGACCAGCCUGACUCCAUGCUGGGCCCAAAGGCUAGAAACUUGGUUUCUCCUUGCCCUAGAACCCUGGAUUGCUCCUGAGUGCAUUAAAACUAGAUUGGAGCCAGGCCUGGUGGCACAAACCUAUAAUCCCAGGACUCUAGGAGGCUGAGGCAGGAGGAUUGCAAAUUGGAGCUGAGGAAGCAGUUUAGCAACUUAUCGAGACCUUGUCUCAAAAUAAAAAUUAAGAACUGGAGGUAUACAUAGGUACAAAAGCCAUGGGUUCAACCACUGGAUCAGAUUCCCCCCAAAUCGACACUAAAUGUUCUCUUUUUAGAAAAUACUUAGUGCCCUCUCUGCAGAGGGACUUGUCCAUUCAGUGUCCACUAAAAUCUGGAGGAAUUUCCUCUGACCUUGUACCAAGGUCAGAAUGGGACGGUGCCGCAGACACAAAGAGGCACCUUAUGUAGAGGGGAAACCGAGACCCUGAGGCCCUCAGCCCAGACCCCACUCUCCUAGGGACAGAGACCUCGCCACCCAGGUCUCAGGCGCUGCCCAUUCUUGUGCUGGCAGGGGACCUGGAGGAGCUGGGCCUCUCUGGAAGUAGGAAGGUAGGGCCUGGGAGAUCCCUUUUCUCCCUGCCUGGGCCCAGGAACAAGGGGACCCUAGACUAGAGAGCAGGCAGCCGAGUCCAGGAGCUCCCUCAUGGGGUGGUCCAGCCUGAGUCAGGGCCAGGACAGAGAGUGCGUCCCCCUCUCCACAAUCCAGGCAACAAUGAGGGUCUGCAAGGCCAGAGCCCAACCCGCUGGGCCAGCCCAGGCUGAGGAUGUAGCUCAGGGCCAGGGUCCUGGGUUUGAUUCCCAGUACCACAAAAAAGGAAAAAAAUAAAAAACAAGAAAAACAGAAAGUCACACAGCAGCUGUGUCACAGGUGCUACCUGUUGUGUUGGGAGGGAGGACCCCGGGAAGUAUACUGCUGGGUGGAGAUGUCCUAUAUUUUUAAACUUUGAUAUAAUGCCAUAAAGCCUGUGUAUUUGUAUAACUUUUUUAUAGAGAAAUGAUAUUUUCAUUAUUUUCAUAUAUAUGUAUGUGUAUAUAUGCAGUUGUAAUGUAAUAGCCCAGGGACGGGGCCUCCCCAGUGUAAUGCCCUGCUGCACAUGGAAUGGGGGCGCACAGUCAUUGUGUGGGUGGCACUACUUACCAGCACUUAGAAAGGUGUCAUAUGGAACCUGGGUGUGCGUUGCCUCCCGGGCCUUGGGAGUGGGGACUCUUGGGGCUGGGGUGAGACAGGGGGUUCUCACAGGCCAGCCUGGGGUGUGUGCGUGUGCGUGCGUGUGUUUGUAAGAGACAAGAGACCUGAGGGAGAGAGAGGAAGAGACAGAGACAGAGAGAGAGAGACAGAGAAGCAAGAGGAAGGGAGAGAGACUCAGCUCACAGACACCGGACCAAAGCUGUGCAACUCUUCUCCUCUGGUCCCAGACACCUAGGACACAAGGUGCUCGUCCACCUCAUUUUUUGUCUGGGUUCCAGGUGGGGGUGGGGGGCAUUCCCAGACGCCCCAUCCAGUCAGUGACUUCUGUUCUCAUCUUGCUGAUCAAGGCUGGGUGACACAGUUCUUCCACGUCUGCCAGGCGUCUGGGACCGUGUCCCAACAAAAUAGAUUGUUUUAGCAAGAAAGAAGUGUGGAAUGCCAUGGCGUGAAGCUUCGAUGUCCCUGCUUCUGGUGGAGAGAGCCAGGCAUCACCCUGCCCCGCCAUAGCCGGAGAACGAAGUGACAUUGCACCUAUGCUGUGUCCUUUGGGCUGAGCCCAGAGCCGCACCCUGGGACCCUCUAAUUCUUCCGGGACAGCGCCUCAUUCUCUAAUAGACCACAAAGCCUAGAGAGGAACAGUGAGUAGCCAUCUCACAGAGGACCUUGUCACCCCAUAGACAAGAGUUCCUCUAUCAGGGGCCCACAGCCAAAGACGCUAAGACCAGCCAUCUUUGCCCCCCUGUAAUGGAGAAAUGCCUUCUGCCUACGUAAGUUAGAACAAGGACAGCUUUGUUUUCAAAAGGCCAUUAGCAAACAAAAGCUCAUGGUCCAAAGCAGAUCUUAGAGCAGGGCACCCAGAGCCUUAAAGAACAGUUUGUGGUGCUCAGCAUCCCCUAGCACUUGUCUGCUUCCCAGUUGUCACGGCAACAUCAUGUGGUACCCAACCACCUGCACAGACAGGAGACAGCGAUGGCAAGAACCUCAGUUUCCCAGAAGGAUGCUGGCUUCCUUUCUAGAAUCCUCACUUCUGAGCUCAGCACCCAGGGACACCAGGCCGACCCAUUCCUGAUACCUCGGGAAGAAGCCUGACAGCCCAGCUUCCUCCUUUGCUGAAAAGGGAGGGAAGGACCCCCAGAAGCCGUGAUCUCCUAGAAGCCACAUCCCAGAGAGGGUUAGCAGCCUGCCGAGAAGCAAGCGGCUAGAUGGUGAGCCAGGGAUGGCGGGCUCCAAGCUACACAGGUGACCUCUCUGCCACUGCACAGAACUUCCCCGUCGUGAGAUACUGGCCACUCUGCUCUGGCUAUAGACAGGGGAGUUGGAGGAGCCGCCCCAGAGUGGGGCUGCAGGGCCUCUCCCCACACACACUGCUGGCCAGGAAUUCUUUAACCCCACUCCUCAGAGGGCUGGGAGCACCAGGCGAGUGUGGCAGAGAUGGGGCAGGGUGGAUGUGGUCAGUCUCCACCUGGAAAACAGAUACCUGCCACUGCUCCCAGGGGGUGCUUUGUGAGGUCACGGCCUGCUUGUACCCCCAGCUCCUUCCUGGGGGGAUCCAAGGGGCAGUGGUCCAUGUUCCAGAAGCUUUUGUGGGGAAGAGUGGGUACAUCAAGAAAGUUGUGUGUGCUCGCAAGCUCUGUGUGUUUGUGUGUGUGCAUGUUUGUGUGUGCGUGUGUUUGCACGCAUAUGCAUGGACUAGACACACACCCCCAGGCAGAAGCAUGGCUGAUGAGCCCUUGGCCCAGCCCUGGGCAUUAGGACAACGGUGACCCCUGCCCAUGGGAACCUAGGGAUUCCCCCCCUGACUCGGGACCAUUCCCCGGAUGUGCAGCACUUGGUGGCUAUUGUGGGAGCCGCCAUGUGUCCUCCUGACAUUCCCCCACAUGAGGGGAUGCUGCGGGGGCCCUGGCACACUAACAAUACCAGCUCUGGCAGGUCAGCAGUGUCGUCUGCCUUCCUCUCUGGAGACAGUGGCGGGACGGGGAACUUGGUACCCCUCAAAGUGCAAAUGAGAGGCAUCAGCCCAUCUCACUCCUGCUCUGCCCUAAGCCAAGUCUGCACAAGCAGAGUCACCCUCUCUUUGCUCCCAAGACAAGGUCAUACUAACUCGGCACAGUAUCGCUCAUGCGGUGUGACCAGGCGGUGACACAGUGAGGGGCGGGCACAGCACAGGAUGUUGCCAAAGUUGGCUUUGGUGUCCGAGGGAAGCUAAUGCCACUGUCUGAAAUGUUUUGGCAUAGAAGCAGCGUGCAGAGGGGCCAUGUCCCCUGGGAGAGCCCCGUGGGUAUAAACAAGUGUUUGCAGUCAGUGAUGUUUUCUGGGACGGAAAGUGUCAGCAUCGCAGCCCGGCACUGUCUGCGAACAGCUGUGUCACCUCCACUCACGUCAGGGGAGACAGGGAUCCCCUUGCUCCACGCCUGCACUGUGUUUUAAGGUGCAAGUUCCCGCCCUCUCCUCUGGUGCAAGCUGGAGGUAGCAGUGUUCUAAAAGAUGGCUUCCUGAUUUCUUUGCUGUUUUAUAUUUUUAUUCUUGGUUUCCUUUUUCUUUUUUGUAUCCGCUUGAUGUUUGGAAAUAAAAAUAUCUAUUUUGAUCUAUGAAA